AACGCCUCUUAGAAAGAGAUCAGCCUCCAUGCAGCUUCACUAGAACAGACCACUACAACCAGAAAACACCACACAAACAGAAGACCAAUCUUUGCCCAGCCCUCACCUGAACAUCAGCGGAGCCCAGGAGCUGCUUCAGGACGCUACACUAAAGGCCUCAGUUCACAAACACUGUCCAAACCCUUCCACCUGAAAGAGAAGAUGACAAAGAGGAUGGUCUUGUUGAUGAUGCUGUGCUUUAGUCUUGGCUGGCUCAUGUCACACACAGAAGGCAUGCUUGUUGGAUCUCAUUUCUGCUCAUUCAAUGGUUCAACUUGUAAUUUCUUCUGUCUGGGCAACAGCGUCCAUGAGAUGCCAAAACAUAUACCGGAAAACACCACUUUUGUGGAGAUCAAGCUGACUGAGAUCAGAGUGUUUCACCGAGCAGCCCUGUCUGAACUACAUGAGCUGAAGAGAAUAGUGGUGUCCGAGAAUGGUGCUCUUGAGCGAAUUGAACCCUUUGCUUUCUCUAACCUGACAGAGCUACAGGAAAUAACAAUUACAAAAUCAAAAAACCUUGUGUCACUCAAAGAUGCCUUCUGGAGCCUUCCAAAGCUACGGUAUCUGACUAUAUCAAACACUGGUCUUAAAGCCCUGCCUGAUUUCUCCAAGAUCAACUCUGCUGCUCUUGAAUUUCUUUUUGAUCUACAAGAUAACAUUCACAUAGAUAAGAUUCCUCGUAAUGCUUUCCUCGGAUUGACCAGUGCCACCAUAACUGAGCUGAGACUAACAAAGAAUGGAAUCCGUGCAAUAGAGAGCUAUGCAUUCAAUGGUACCAGAAUUGAAAAACUCUUUCUCAUGGGAAACCAGCAGCUGAGUCAUAUCGACAGAUAUGCCUUUAAAGGAGCUGAAGGCCCCAUCGUUCUGGACAUCUCACACACUGCUGUCCACACCCUGCCAGAAAACAUGCUGAGGACUCUUAAGCUUCUGACGGCCACCUCUGUCUACUCUCUAAAGAGGCUCCCCAACCUGGAGCUGUUUACUGAGCUCACGCAGGCCAACCUGACCUACCCCAGCCACUGCUGUGCCUUCAAAAACUUCACAAAGCACAAGUCUGUGAAGAAUCAAAUGUGUAACAAUUCUGGUGCCCCCCUCCUAGAGCCAUACUUUUUUGAAGACCACUGUAAGGAUGUUAUAAAAGUGACCUGCUACCCCACACCAGAUGCAUUCAACCCCUGCGAGGACAUCAUGGGUUUUACAUUCCUGCGGGUUCUAAUCUGGUUCAUCAGUAUAUUGGCCAUCGUGGGCAACUGUGUUGUCCUCCUAGUGCUCUUUUCAAGCCGCUACAAACUGACUGUUCCCAGGUUUUUAAUGUGCCACCUGGCAUUUGCAGACCUUUGCAUGGGCAUUUACCUGUUGAUCAUCGCUGCCAAGGACAUUCACACACAAUCCCGCUACUACAACUAUGGCAUUGACUGGCAGACGGGACCUGGGUGCCAUGUGGCAGGCUUCUUCACAGUCUUCUCCAGCGAGCUGUCUGUUUACACUCUGACUGCCAUUACUCUGGAGCGCUGGCACACCAUCACUUACGCCAUGCAGCGGGAACGCCAGAUGCGCCUGCGCCAUGCCUGCGCAAUAAUGGCGGCUGGGUGGCUUUUCGCCCUGCUUACUGCUCUGAUGCCCGUUUUUGGAGUGAGUAGCUACAAGAAGACCAGCAUCUGCCUGCCAAUGGAUGUAGAAACUGUGAUUUCACAAGGUUACGUGGUGCUGUUGCUUCUACUCAAUGUAGCUGCUUUUCUAAUCGUAUGUGUCUGUUAUAUGCGCAUCUACCUUACCGUCCACAAUCCCACCUUCGUUCCUGCUAAUGCGGACAUGCGUAUAGCAAAGCGCAUGGCUGUGCUCAUCUUCACUGACUUCCUGUGUAUGGCUCCCAUCUCCUUUUUUGCCAUCUCCGCAGCCUUAAAACUACCGCUAAUCACUGUUUCUCAUGCCAAAGUCUUGCUAGUGCUUUUUUACCCCAUAAAUUCCUGCUCGAACCCGUUUCUCUACGCCUUCUUCACCAAAACCUUCAAGAGGGAUUUCUUCAUUCUGACUAGCCAAUUCGGCUGCUUUAAAACACGUGCGCACAUUUACCGCACAGAGAUCUCUUCGGGGCAAAAUGGGGCCAAGGUGCCUUCACCAAAGACUAGUGAUGGAACACUGUAUUCCCUGGGUCACAUCACCCAAGUGUACUGACCACUAAGUCAGUCCACCAAAAUAUGCUGCUUGGACGCUGAAAUGAGGAUAAAUAAGGAAAAACAUGGAAUCUGGAUAUGAAAUUCUUGAAGGUUUCUACGGUGUGGAAUAGGGUAAAGGCAUCUCAUAUUGAUAGUGCUUGACCCAAUGACGGUGCUACACCAGGGCUAGGAGGGGCUAUAGCCCCGUCAGAAUUUUUAAUAGCCCCGGUUUAUCCCCAUUUCUUUAUGAAGUAACUCUGACAUCAUCAAUAUAAUUAAUUUUCUUAGCACCCCCACAUAUUGGUCUAGCACACCCAUAGCACCGGUAGAGAAAAAAAAUCUAUUCGACCAUUUACAAGAUGCAGCUUGAUUGACCUUUGAUAUCCUGAUAGGCGUAUCCUUGACAUCCAGCAUGCAUUUUUGUGGAAAAAUUGAGAUUUGGUGAUAUCUUUACUAUGAAUAAUGUAGAUCUUUACAUCUUUCAACAAGCAUGCAGCAUUACUAGCGUGCAGCAAAUUAAUUAAUACUUCUGAAGUGUUCUUGUGGAAAAGUUAUCAAAUUUAUAUAUAGUAAGUAUAAUUAAAGUUUAGUGUAAUUAAAACUUAGUAUAGUUAGUAUAAUGAAAAUUUUGUCAUCAUUUACUCACAUUGUUUUAAACUUGUAUGUGUUUUUUUUUUUUUUUGGUCCAUACAAUGAAAGUCAGUGGGGUCUAGUGUUGUUUUGGAUCACAUUGACUCUCAUUAUAUGGACAAAGACAACUGAAACAAUCUUCAGAGUAACUUGGAAGAAAUAUAGUCAUACAAUUUUGGAACAUUUGGGUAAAUUAUGACCGAAAUCUUACUCUAUCUAUCUAACCCUUUAAGGCUUGUGCUGAUACUCGUGGCAAAGGCACAACAUGCAAAAAAAAAACAUUGUGAACCAUGAGGAGUGUAUUUGGUAGAUUUGUUCCUUUAUAAUAGGCAAAAACAGUAGUCUUCAUUAAAAAAAAAAUGUAAAAAAAAAUAUUACACAAUAUAAAAACCUCUUGUUCCAUUCAAACCGUUUUGUUGUCUGUUAUUUAAGUUCUCAUGUGUUCUGAAACUAAAAAGACUUUUAUAGCCCUUGCCGUCACCCCCUCUUAUCACAAAUAUUUCAGUCCUUUAGCACUGCAUGGAAUGAUUUGUUCAAGGUCGCAAUAACCUCGCAAGCCAACCGCAGUAUGAAAGAGUUUCUCAGAGAAAGUAUAACAGUUUUACAUCCAAUGAAUCCUUCAGUGGACAUCCACAAGAAAGUAAAGCGGAGUCUGCCUACAUGAAUUGAGGCACAAUAUAAAUUCCAAGUUAGGAGAGAGUUUCACUCUCCAAGACUGUUAUCUUUGCACCUGCAAUAAUGUUUAAGCUCUGAGACAGAGAGCUGUUGUUCUGCCCUUCUUUUUCUUUUUUUGGCAGCAGCAAUGUUUGCCUCAGUGUUGGAGUGGAGCGAUGGGAGUGUGUGACAGUUACAGCAGCUGUGCAAUACAGCACCUUGAACUCAAACCUCAAAUGGGCUGAGGAAGUCCACAAAAAACGAGGAAUCUGUUAUGAAGAUGUAUCAAGGCCAGGGGUUCAAUACCACAA